UAUUUUUCGAGGAGGCUAUAGCAAGGAAUUGAAGCCGUAAUUUAGAGGUGCCAUAUAGUUGUCGGUUUUUGCAUGUUAGACGCACUAAACGCAAAGCAAUUCUGCAUGAAUUUUGGAGACAUUGAGAGCGCCGCUGGAUGUAGACCAAAUAUCAAAGCGUUGGAUUUAGGUGACGUCAAAAAUACAUAGGGUUUGUAAUUACCUUCGUAGGGGUUAAUGAAGCGCUAUGUCGUGAGUUGAAGGGUCUCUGAAUCAAUUUUAACUGGAUUGGAAAAGACACAAGCCCUGUGUAGAGGAAAUAAAAACCUGUUUUUAAAAUGAGAUUCCGAAAUCGGCGAUGUUGAAGACGGAGAUGGUCAAUUCAGCUGCUUUAUUUAAAUUAUUAGCCAAGUCUUGUAUAAUUUACUUGUUUUUACUGCCGAUUUGCGAUUCUUAGAUGGAAACAACUUUGGUAAAUUUUUGUCCUGUUAAAGCAAUGGUUUAUGUUUUAUAUCUAUUUUAUUACGAAAUCGUACUGGAAUGACGACUGUCACUGACACUGAUUGCCAGCGAUAACAUUCGUCUGUAACCAUUAUUGUUAAGCUGAUUUUAACUUUGUUAUUCAUUUUAUUAGCAGAAUGGUUUACCCGCGUUUCUCUAAGCCUCUAAAGCGAGCGAUUUAGUGUUUUCUCUGACCCUCAAACUCAAUAAGCAGUAAGAUCAGAGAGGACGCGUACACUGAUUUGUAAGCAGUGGAGAUGGGCGAAGUAUGAAAUAAAGGAAUUUAAAGAUUUUGAUUAAAACGCUGUACUCCACAAAACUACGGCAUUUAAUAAAAUACACCAGUUUUACAAACUCACAACGUAGAUUGCCUUCGAACAAAUACAGAUUUAAACAGCAUAGCUUAGGUUCAAAUGUUUGUCUAAUAACCAGCCAAUAAUUGUUAAGAGCGCUAUUCUAAUUUUAUUUUUACAUGAUCGUUCUAAUAUUCCAGCAGUCUCUUUAAAAAUACAUGGAUUCUGUCACCUCAGGAUAGCAGCAACAGACACAUUUAUUUGGUCCAUCGUUUGAAGAAUCUAAGAUGCUUUUCUCAGCCAGAACUAUGGGCAUGUACGCACUUCUUACUGCCUGGAUGCUCUUUGCUGGUGUCUGCUCAGCCAAACGCCUGGUGAUGGUGCAGCCUGGCCCACUGGUGCGCACAGAGGGCUCCCACGCCACCAUCUGGUGCAAUGUGACAGGCUACAGGGGCGCCCUGGUGCAGGACUUUGAGUGGUCCAUGUAUCUGCCAUCAGCACCAGAGCGCGAGAUCCGCGUGGUGAGCACCGCCCAGGAGGAUUAUGCGUAUGCUGCUUAUGCCACCCGUGUCGCCUCCGGUGAUGUCUACGUGGAGCGACUGGCUCCCGACUCCGUCAUGCUGCACAUUAGCAGGCUGCAGGCCCGCGACCAGGGCCUGUUUGAGUGCUACACGCCCAACACUGAUGGGGAGUUCCUGGGCUCCUACAGUGCUAGGACAAACCUCACAGUCAUCUUGGACACGCUAAGUGUGACAUCCCACUCACAAGCGCUCAGCAGGGUGGAGGGCGACUCACUGCAGCUGAACUGUGAGGUGAGCCGGCAGACGCUGCAGCACAGUCAUCUGUCAGUGGGUUGGUACCUGCGUGCUGAGCCCAGCACCCCGCCCCUGGACCUGCUUACGCUGUCCCGCGACUUCGUGCUCCGCGCCGGCACCCCCUACAAGCAGCGCUUUGCUUCUGGAGACCUCCGCCUGGACAAGAUGGGCAGUACAGCCUACCGCCUCACCAUCCACCGGCUGCAGCCUGCCGACCAGGGCCUGUUGUACUGCGAGGCAUCCGAGUGGAUCCAGGACCCUGACCGCUCCUGGUACUCCAUGACCCGGAAGCAGUCGGAAAAGACUCCGCUCAAAGUGCAGCCCGCAGACCGAGACUUUAACAUCCAGCUGAGCACCGAGAGACGGGCCUACAUGACAGGCGAGCCCCUCGAAUUACGCUGCGCCAUCGAUGCGCAGAACAUUCUGGAGCGCUACUUCUCUGUGUCCUGGGUGUUCAGCAGCUCGCCAGUGGCAAUGGUCGGGCCUAAUGCCGUACCGUUGCUAGCUGGGGACUAUGUGCAGCGUGAGACCACUGGACAGCUCACGGUACGCAAGGAGAGUCAAGCCGUCUACCUGCUGAGACUGCAGAACCUGCGGCCUGAGGAUGCUGGGAAAUACAUCUGCCGUGUCACCGAGCGUGAGCGCACCCUGACUGGGGACUUCAUCGACCGGAGCAAGAGGUCCCGCAAUGUGCAGGUUACCGUUCAGCCUCUCCGAAGCAAUUUGACUGUGUCAUUAAUCAGUAACUCCACGGAUAUCGAGGAGAGUGGAACCAUCCAGCUAAUGUGUGAAAUUCAGUCCAUCUCUGGCAAAGUGGCUGGCCUGUCCGUCACGUGGCGGCGGCUGGACAGGAAUGGCAGCACCGAGCAACACAUUGCUGCCCUGGACCAGGAGGGUGUGGUCAAGCUGAGCCCCGCUUACAGCGAUCGUGCAGCCUAUGGGGGGAUCCGAGCAGAGCGCACUGACAUUGACACAUUCUCCCUGUCCAUCUACAACGCCCUGCCCAGUGACGAGGGCCAGUAUGAGUGUGAGGUCACAGAGUGGCUCCCAGGGCCUAACAACACAUGGGACAGUAUUGGGGAGAAGACCGCAGCCACAUACGUGAUGGUCCAGGGCAAAGAGCCCUCCUUCUUUGUGUUUGCCUCAUCCCGGACGCCCAGCGUGACAUACGGUGACUCAUUUGACCUACAAUGCAUUGUGAAGCCACAGCACGAUCCACAGAUGCCAACUGCUGUCACCUGGCGCUUCCAGCCACAGCUGGAUGGACUGCCUGAUGCUGCCUUCCGUGACCUGAUGACGUUUUCGCAUGAUGGCAUGAUCCGGUGGGGUGAUGUGGCACCUGGCCCAGGAACCAGAAUCACUGUGGAACAUGCCACCAGCAGCAGUAACUUCCGCCUGAGCGUAAACCGGGCCGGCCCCAGGGAGGCAGGCACCUAUCUGUGUUCUGCACAGCUAUGGAGGAAGAAUUACAACCACAGCUGGAGCAUGGUGACUGAGAGGAACUCCAACCUCCUGGGAAUCAAUGUGUUGAAGCCAGGUGAGUGUGAUCACUAUCUGCUGAGGAAGGUGCAGGUCUAUGCCUAUGUCUUCAGGGAGGAGAGCAGCCAGCACUCUCACCAUGAAGUUCUCUUAAAAAUCGCUCAAUUUUCAGUCUUAAUUACUCUGUUGUUAGCCUUUAAUUUGACUGAUCUCAAAUAUCAAUUUCGCAGAUGAUGUACAAUAUAUGCGUUGACAAAAGUUUCAAACACAGCAGCAGCACUAUUAUUGUGGUAGUUUAACCAGAUAUCUGUUAAAGCUGAAAGAUUUGCAAUUUGCAACAUGCAUGCAAAAGAAGUUGCUUGUGGAGAGUAAUCUGCUAAAGCAUUCUGCACCUCGAGCCUCAUUAGACAUUUGUGUCUUCACCGAGAGGAGUAUGACAUAUAUGAGCACCUGAGGUUACCUUAUUGUUCUCCGUAUAGGUGUGGAGAGUGAGUGGUUAUUCAGUACAGGUGUGCAAAUUUUUGAGAAGAGGAACUGACUCUCCAAAAAUGCAAAGAUGCUGAUAUUUAAAAAAAAUAUAAACAUCUUAGUUUCUUGGAAAACAUAGGCCUGUGACCAAAAGCUAAAUUUAGACCUUUUUUGUAGCAAUUGUCUAAUGUCUUUCUGUUAAACAUUGAAAACGUUUAUUUUAACUGAUUUGGGAUGCAUUCUUAAAGGAAGCCUCUUAAUUUUUAUUUAUAUUAUCAUAUGUAUAUGUAUGUGUUUUGUGACAAUAUUAAAUGAACACAUGUCAUCUAAUCAAUUAUAUAAAUUAUAAUUUAAAUCGUCAUUUGAAUAUUCAAAUGUCAAUAUAAGUUAUACCAGCAACCAUUACAAUUAUCUGUCAAAGUUGCCCAUCAAACUCAGUGGCAGGCUCUAAACAAAACUAACAUAGGAUUCAAUACACAGCAAUCUAAGUCACAACAUAUCAAUCUCGCCUACUUGAUUGAAUUCUCAUUCAUAACCUGUUUUUUGUCUCUUCUGUCUUGGGGGUGUAUUCCAUCUUAACUCCCCAAAAUCUUUAAUAAGCUUUCCUAACAGGUAAGCUGUCCUAGAUUUCACCAGCCACCAGAUAAUGUUAAACUUAUUUAAUCUGUAUGGCUGCUCUUUGAUUACUUUCACAUAACCAAUAAAAUGUAUGAAGCCCCACUCAUGACGUAGUGAUAAACAUAUGUAUAUUGUGGCCAUGUUUUAAUAUAUUGUGCUAAUGAAUUACAGUAGUCCCUCAUAUCCACGGUUUUGGUAACUGUGGUUUUAGUUAUCUGCGGUGUACCUCGGUCCAAAAAAAAAAAAACAGUUAAACACGUAACAGUAUCUUUUUAAACAUGAAUUACAUUGCUCCAUUAUCGCUUGAUAGAUUUUUUUCAUUGCUCUAUCAUUUCUUCAGAAUUAGGCUAAAAUGUCAGAACUCCUUUCAUUCCAGAGAAUACAGGACUGUAUAAGAAUGUACAAUGUACUUUGAUUACUGUAUUUAAUGUUGGUAAUGUCUUAUUAUGCAUAAUUUAUCAAUUAAACUGUACCAUUUGUAUGUACACGAAAAUUAUGCUGUAUAUGGGGUCUGCAGAUUGUUCACUGUUUUGACUAUCAGCGGUAGGUAUUGGAUUGUAUCACUCAUGGAUAUGAUGAGACUGCUGUAAUAAAAUGUGGCCACAAUAUAUAGAAUUUGAAUCAUUAUUUUAUGAGUGGGAAUAUGUAGCUAUCCUAAAUUAUAUGUUAGGAAGUUUCUAUAAUACUUAGGGUAGGAACACUGACUUAGCAAGUGUUCAAAUGGAUAAAU